AUGACAUCCUACCUCCCCAACCUCGCCCGCGACAACAUCUCCUUCUACCUUAUCCCCGCCGCCUGGACCAUCGCCCUCCUCCCCCGCGCCUUCGCAGCAAAAGCCUACUCCGACUCAGGCAAAUCCUACAACAAGUUCCAACCUCGCGACUUCACCAACGACGUCCACUCCGACCAGCGCCUGGACAAGAAGACCUGCGGUCGAAUCGUUCGAGCGGAAGCCGCACAGGCCAACUCCUUCGAGAACUUGCCUUUGUUCGCUGCCGCGGUGGUCGCGGGCAAUGCUGCGGGAUUGGAUGUGGCGACGUUGAAUUAUUGUGCGCUGGCGUAUGUUACCUCGAGAUUUGCGUAUAACCAUAUCUAUAUCUUUCAGGAUUUGGUCCCGGUGCCUCUCAGGACGGCGGCGUGGUUUGCGGGUGUGUGCUCAUGUUUCGCGUUGUUUAUCCAGGCGGGGUGGAAGUACAACAGUCGGACGAUCUUGUAA